CGGCACCACUUGUAAUAAGAAAAUAUAAGCAAACAAAAGCAAAACACUUUAUUCCAAAUGCAACAAAUUAGGAGGAUUGCUUACAGAUUAGAAAAAAUUUAGAAUGGCUUCGAAGAAGUUACGGUUUCGUGGAGAUCCGUCACAGUUCUCAACGAAUCGCAUAGAUGAACUGCAGCACGAUGAAACAGAUGCCCUUUUGGAAGGUGUUGUGCGAGCUAGUGGGAGUGUUGGUAACAAACACGAAAAUGAUGCAAAAUCAAGUAAGGAGAAGAAAAAGCCUGAGGAAAGGGAGUGCCCCUCGUUCAUGGACUUUUUCAAAUUGGAAAUGACCCGUGGUUAUCUGCUGGAGCACGAUGAGGAACGUUAUACCGCCCGUCGCAAGAAAAUCUAUUCGUUUAUGCGUAUACCCCGUGAUCUGGAACGCUUCAUGGUGUAUGGCAUAAUGCAGUGUGCCGACUCAUUUCUGUACAUACACACAUUUUUGCCGGUACGAUUUGCGUUGGCCGUUUGGGGUAUGGUAACCCGGCCCAUUGCAAGUUGUUUGGGCUUGAGAAGAAGAACCCAGCGCCUAUUGACACCGGCUGAGAUAUGUGAUUUGCUGAAAGGGUCAAUUUGGAUAACGGUCACAUUGCUAAUGCUUUCCGUGGACACUAAUCGGGUGUAUCAUAUCAUCAAGAGUCAAUCGAUUAUAAAAUUAUAUUUAUUUUACAACAUGUUGGAGGUGGGUGAUCGCUUGCUGUCGGCUUUUGGUCAAGACACCAUAGACGCCUUAUUUUGGACAGCCACAGAGCCGAAGACUUCUAAAAGGGAACACUUUGGAUUGCUGACACAUAUAUUGUUUACUUUGAUCUAUGUGGUGUUACAUAGUUUCCUGAUAAUGUUUCAGGCUACCACCCUAAACGUUGCAGUCAAUUCAAACAACAAAGGCCUAUUGACCAUCAUGAUUUCCAAUAAUUUCGUUGAGCUCAAAGGUUCCGUAUUCAAAAAAUUCGAUAAGAAUAAUCUCUUCCAGCUGACGUGUAGUGAUGUACGUGAAAGGUUUCAUCUAUCGGUUCUGCUCUUCAUUGUUAUGAUACAAACCAUGAAGGAGUUCGAUUGGAGCAUUACCCAAUUCUGUGUGAUGUUACCCGAUUGCUUCUCAGUGCUAAUAACCGAGAUCUUAAUCGAUUGGAUCAAACAUGCCUUCAUUACGCGUUUCAAUGAGCUGCCAGAAUGCAUUUAUCGUGAAUACACAACAAGUCUGGCCUACGAUAUGACCCAGACACGUCAAAAGCAUGCAUUUUCCGAUCAUUCAGAUUUGGUGGCCCGACGCAUGGGUUUCAUACCCUUCCCCUUGGCUGUGGUCUUGAUUAAGGCCAUUUAUUCGGCGGUAUCGUUUGACAAUUUAGCAGCUUGGAUUCUAUUUUCAUUGGCCUAUGCAUUUGCCUUGGGCCUGAGAAUUUGUUUGACCAUUUGCGCCUUGGGCAAGGCCUGCAAGCUAAUGAAGGAGCAUCAAGAUGAGAAAUGUAGCUCAUCAACUCCAAGUUCCAUGACAAAUGUACCACCGGUGGGUAAUCCACCAACUAAAGCCACUUCAAUGGCUGGUAUGUCGACGGGGACAAACUUGCCAGGAUCCCCAGCGCCAAAUAGACCUCGCUCUGAUAUGGCUACUUCGCCCACACAUCCUUCUACACCUAGCGGCUUGAGUGCUCAUUUUCCUCUGCAGAGAUCCAUAACAAUAGACUUGUCAUCAACCAUGUCCUCGACAAAUUCCACACCUAAACAGUCUACAAAUAGUAAAAAUAAUUCCAACAAUGCUGCUUGCCAUAGUGCUCCUGGCGUUUUAAAUAAAUCUGCUAUUAUCACAACUUCACCUAUUUCCUCGAAGGGUACCAUGCUCAAUAUUACACAUAACGACAUUGAAUUGGAUGUCAAAAGUUCUUUGGAACUUGGUGCUACAGCUUUGUUUUCCAACAGUGAUGUUGAUCUAGACGAUGUGUGUCUAAAUGAAAAUGUUUUGGACACCAAUACCACUACUACAACUGGUUUUGUAGAAGAGGCCUUAGCACGUAGUGAACCGGAUUUACAACAGCCCUCCAGUGUGAAUACCACACCCACAUCUAGCAUUUCGGCCAAGGCCAGCAGUGUGCAGCCUACACGUCUUAUGCGACGCACUCACAAACGAUCCGAAUCCGAACCGAGUAUGCAAAGCAUAGUUGGUAAUGGCGGUUGCUCUUCGGAAUCGAGUCAAUCAUCAACAUCGGCGGCCCAUCAUCAGGCGUAGUUGUAGCGAGAGAGCGAGAUUUACGUUUGGCAAAUCCUAUAAAUAACCCGCUAAAAGAAAUUUUCCAUCAAGGGAUGAGUUGUUGUUGUCACUUGGACAUUUGGAAGCACAAAUUAAGAAUGCCAAGUGCAGUUUGCUAACUUGCAACAACUCAACCGCUCUUAGGAUAUACUGGAAAGAACUAUACUAAGGAUAUACAUACAAAGGUAGCACAUGAGUGCAUUAACUUUCAAGGGAUACGAUUACAUUUGAAAACAAAAAAUCAGCUUAUAUUUAACAAUGGAUUUCAAUGCCAUUUGUUAUGGUGU